AUGGGACGCAACGCGCGGAAGCGUAUCUCGUACGUGCUGCCACUUGCCAACUCGGCCGGAGGACACAGGCUCGGAGUCAAUGGCUUGGCCGUCGACCCUCAGAACUCAAUUCUCUACUCGGGUGGACGUGAUGGCGUAAUAUGCGCAUGGGACCUGCAUCUCGACCUGAACAAGACCGACGCCGAUGACGAAGGCGACCCUUUUGCCGACUCCAACGCCGCUGACUUGAAGCCUCCGCCUACGCAGUUUCGCAACCAGGUGCAGGCGCACACGCAUUGGAUCAAUGACAUCGUACUCGCCCAGAACAACGACGCCCUCGUCUCGGCCUCGUCCGACAUCACCGUAAAGGUAUGGCGACCGGCUGCCACCGACAAACUCCCUCCGCAAACAAUUGGCCUGCACACCGACUAUGUCAAGCGCGUCGCAUCGCCGGGCGGUAACGAGAACUGGGUAGCCUCCGGUGGGCUGGACCGCAAAAUCAGCCUGUGGGAUCUCAAUGGCGCAGGCAAGAAGCUGGAAAUUGCAGUGGGCGAGGAUGAGAAUACCGCCAAGGGUUCUGUCUACGCCCUCGCAGCAACACCCAACCUCAUCGCGAGUGGCGGGCCUGAGAGCAUCGUCCGCGUAUGGGACGCGAGAUCGGGCAAGCGCAUUACCAAGUUUGUCGGACACACCGACAAUGUACGCGAUAUCCUCCUUGCGCAGGACGGCGACAUGAUCCUGACUGGAUCGUCCGAUCAGACGGUCAAGGUGUGGUCCAUGACGGCAGGUCGCUGCAUGUACACACUCACCAUGCACAACGACAGCGUAUGGUCUCUGCACUCAGACUCGCCCGAACUCGACGUUUUCUACUCCUCAGACCGCUCCGGCAUUGUCGCGAAGAGCGAUGUGCGCAACUGUGCUGAAAUGGACGAGGGACUCUCGCUAGCAGUAUGCCAGGAACACGAGGGUGUGAACAAGGUCGUUGCAGCUGGCGACUACGUCUGGACUGCUACGUCCAGCUCGAGCAUCAACCGAUGGAACGACGUCGAAACCGCGGCCGAGGUUGAGCUUCCAGAAUCCCACAAGUGGCAGAGAAACAGCAUGUCGACUAUGCAAUCGCGAUAUCCCUCGCCUCCUGCUGGAAGCCCUCCGACCAACGGAGAGACAUCCAAAAUACCGCUCAAGUCUCUACUGCGCAUGUCCAAUACUGCACCCUUCCCACGAGCGCUUGCGACCAAGGAUGCCGACGCAUCCACUAUAGCCAGCGCGCGCAAACCGUCCGAGGUACUAGCCGCUCCAGAACAUAAUGCUGUUGGUACUGUCCGGGCUCUGCCAGACUUCACAAUCGAAGGUCAGAACGGUCUUAUCAAACACCAUCUGCUCAACGAUCGGCGAAGAGUUCUCACUCUCGAUACUGCGGGAGAAGUAGUUCUAUGGGAUCUACUACAGUGUGCACCUAUCAAGUCAUACGGCAAAAAGCACAUGGAAGAUGUACUGCCAGAAGUCAAUACCCAGGAUAGUGUUGCUCACUGGUGCGCCGUCGACACGCGGAUAGGAACCUUGACAUGUAUGCUCGAGGAAAACUAUUGCUUUGACGCCGAGACGUACGCAGACGAGCUCGAUCUUGAGGAACAAAUUGACUUCCGGGAAGACCACCGCAUCAAUCUUGGCAAGUGGAUAUUGCGAUAUCUCUUCUCCAAUCUUAUCGACGAAGAGAUCAAGCGCGACGAGGUCAUACGGGCAGAGCUGCUCAAGCAGAAGGAGGAACUACCACAACCAGGUCGCCCAAUGAACAUUGAGUUACCGAACAUGAACAUUGACGGAUGGAAAGAUGCGACUUCCGGACCUACUUCAGGUUCGACCAUCCGAGCUGAGAACGGACUGCGUCUACCGCACACGCCAGGUCUGGCUAUCGGUCUAGCCACGCCAAUGGCAGCACCUAUGAGUGCAGGACGCAAUUCUACCACCAACCCCCUGACCCCGACCAAGGAGGAGGGCUCACAGCUAGAGAAGACACAGACCCAGCGGAGCUCGACCCAAGAAGGGGGCGACUACUUUGGUUCCGCCUCUGCUGCCAACGGCAACGGAAAUGGAAAACCCGCCGAAGCUUCGAAAGAAGGCUCUACAGAUUCAAAGGAGGAAACCGUUCAAUCACCUACCGAGGCUGACACGCCAGCGAAGAAAGGCAAAGGCAUGUUUGGCAAGAAGUUCAACAUGGGCUUCAGCAUGAAGAAGUUCAGCACUGGCACAGCCGUCCCUGAGCCCGCCAAGCCCGCCGUUGACGAAAAGGCCGAAGAUAGCGAUUCACGCUCCACCAAGACGGACGAGAAGACCAUCGAAGAUAACUUCUACGGCGCUCUUCAACGGAUACGGCAAGGCUAUGAAGAGCAACUUGCGGCUGGCGCGACAAAGUUGGAUACACAGAUUGCACCCAGUCUGCCCAGCGAGACACCUGUACUAAAGCCACCUGCUCUAACCACCAUUUUGAUCCAGGAGGAUCGCCCUGACUCUGGUGGUGUGGCUGAUCUUUUCGAGGGCAAAGUCGGAACCUUGGGUUUGCAGGCUGACCUCAUUGAGAAAGCAGCACCAAUGUGGCUGGCCGAAGUCUUGCUACGAAACCAACUCCCGCCCAAAGAUAUAGUCAAAGUAUCCUUCGUCCUCGAACCCUUUGGCAACGCACUGCCGUCCAUUUCUUCCGACGGCAACAAUCGUCUCAACGCAAACCGCAUGCUGCGUGCGCGCAAGAUACUGGGUUAUGUGGCUGAACGCAUUGAGCCUGCACCUACCAAGGAGGAUCUGGAGAAGCAGGCCGAGGCAGGUGGUGCGCUGAAGCCUGAUGAGUAUUUGGAGUUGUACUGUAACGGACAGUUGAUUCCUCUGACGAUGACGCUAGCUAGUAUUCGCGCACAUGUCUGGCGUGGUGGCGGCGACGUACUUCUUCUCUACAAGGCCAAUGGCCGUAAGGAGAUCAGACACGCUCCUUAUCCUGGUCCGCAGUCUGGUGCCCCACCUGGUCCUAUACAUGGAUUGAAGGUCGGUGCUGGCUUGAACUCCGCACCGGGUAGCAGUAAUGCGAGUGAAGGAAGGCAGAGCAGUGAGGCGGAUAGGAGUACUAAGGACGCUGCGGUGUUUGGACCAUGA